UGCAGAUCAGCUCUCAAAAUGUCUUCUGUGUCUUCCGUGUACCUUCCAAGCCACUUGCAUUAGCCCUCCUGCUAGUUGACUAAUAGAAUUAAUAACUUUAAAAGCAAAAAAAAAUACAAAAAACUAACAAAAGCAUUCUAGAGCCACAUGCCUUAUGAAGUCAAUGCUGGGUAUGAUUUUACAAAUAUGGUCCGGAAAAAGAACCCCCCUCUGAGAAACGUUGGUAGUGAAGGUGAAUCCCAGACCCUCAAGUCGCCAGGGAUUGGAAGUGACGAUACUGAAAGGAAGCAAGAAUUUUCUGCCGGUCAGAUGCAAGAAAACGCUGAGCAGGGCGAGGCUGCGGAGCCAAGUGACAAGGAGGGGUUUUGCACGCACGUCCCAGAGUCAUCUCCUAGCUCUAAAAAAGACUUGAAAAACGCAGCACCGGGUGAGAAGGCUGGCUUCAAUUACGAAAGCCACAGUAAGGGAGGAAAUGUUCCAUCCUUCCCUCAUGAUGAGGUGACAGACAGAAACACGCUGGCCUUCUCAUCUCCAGCUGUUAGGGGGACCUCAGAGUCCUUGAAGUCUCCCGUCAGAUCAGACGCAGAUGACACCCAGGAUGUGGCCUGCGCCCCGUCGAGAGAUCCGUCGGAGAAAAGUGAAGAGCAUCGCACAUCGCCGAAAGCUACAGUUGAAACUGCGCAUGCGCAGAGUGGUCCAGCCGAGUGCUCAGGCUCAAGCCCGACCUCGGUGGCCUCAAAGAACCCACAAGUGCCUUCUGACGGGGAGUUAAGGCCAAGCAAAUCCAAAGCAGAUUUGUUGGCAAACGAGAACCCAGAUACGGCGCCUCUGUCUCCAGAACUUCAGGACUUCAAAUGCAACAUCUGUGGCUACGGUUACUAUGGGAAUGACCCCACAGAUCUCAUCAAACACUUCCGCAAGUACCACCUAGGGCUGCACAACCGCACCAGGCAGGAUGCGGAGCUUGACACUAAAAUUCUGGCUCUCCACAACAUGGUGCAGUUCAGCCACUCCAAAGACUUCCAAAAAGUCAACUGUUCUGUUCUGUCAGGGGUCCUUCAGGACUUUAAUUCCCAAAGGCCUGUCUUGCUCAAUGGGACUUAUGAUGUGCAGGUGACUUUAGGUGGGACCUUUAUUGGCAUUGGACGCAAAACUCCAGAUUGCCAGGGCAACACCAAGUAUUUCCGCUGCAAGUUCUGCAAUUUCACCUACAUGGGCAAUUCAUCGACAGAGCUGGAGCAGCACUUCUUGCAGGCCCACCCAAACAAAAUAAAAUCCUCCCUUCCUGCGUCUGAAUCCAGCAAAGUUUUGGAGAAGAACUCCAGCAAGCCCAGUCCCACCGUUCGGUCAUGCGAGGCUGGAGAUCUGGGGAAGUGGCAGGACAAGAUCACCAUAAGAGCCGGAGACGACACGCCAGUUGGUUAUUCGGUGCCCAUCAAGCCUCUCGAACCCUCAAGACAAAACGACGUUCUCCUGCUUCACUAUGAAACCACACAUGAAGCCCAGGCCUCUGAAGUCAAGCAAGAAGCCAAUGCCCUGCAAGGGGUGGACGGGCUGUUGACUGUCAAAGAAAGCAAAGAACACUCGUGUACCAAAUGUGACUUUGUCACUCAGGUAGAAGAGGAGAUUUCUCGACACUACAGGAGAGUUCAUAACUGUUACAAAUGCCGUCAAUGCAGCUUUACAGCUGUUGAUACUCAGUCCCUACUGGAUCACUUCAACACUGCGCACUGCCAAGAGAUGGACAUCACCACGGCCAAUGGGGAGGAUGGCCAUGGGGUGGCUGCUGCUCUCAAGGAGGAGCCCAAAGUUGACCUGAAGGUCUAUAGCCUGAUCAGUCCAGACCCCAAAAUGGGAGAGCCGGUCUCUGAGUGCAUAGUAAAGAGGGAAAAGCUGGAUGAGAAGGAAACAGCAAAAGAGAAAGGUUGGCCUGAUGGCUCCGGUGACGAUCUUCGUGGUACAGCUUGGCGAGGAGUGGACAUUUUGAGGGGGAGCCCAUCCUAUACGCAAACCAGCUUGGGCCUUCUGACCACUGUGUCAGUGGGCCAAGAGCAGCCAAAGCCCUUACGGGAUAGUCCAAAUGUAGAAGCUGCCCACCUUGCACGACCUGUUUAUGGCUUGCCUGUCGAGACCAAGGGGUUCCUCCAGGGGGUGCCUCAAGGAAGUGGAGAGAAAUCUGGGCCACUCCCUCAGCAGUAUCCUGGAUCUGGAGACAGCAAGUCAAAGGAUGAAUCUCAGUCCCUCUUACGGAAAAAAAAAAGUUGCUAUGUGACAGCAAAGCCCAAUGAUGUUUCACAAGAAAAAGUAGAAAAUAUCUUUCUAGAAAGAGCUUUCAGUGCAAGUUUCAUGCAGAAUUUCUCUGAAUUAAGUCCACUGAAAUCCAUGAGGCAUAUAAGCAAGGAUUUGGGAUACUUAAUUGAGAAAAUGAACUGCUAUGACCCCCUUUAA